UCUUGGUCUGUGUUGGCUUCGCUUAGGCAGCUCUGCUGUAGUACCGUUAGGGACUCUAUUUCCCUGGGAUUUUACGUCCAUUUGAGGUGAAAUGACUCCGGGCGAGAGAGGAACCAGCGGUGGCAGUGGAGGGGCCGCCACUCCCUCAGGCUGCCCGUAGGGAGGGCGCAUGAAGGCCCCCUGAGUCGUUCAGGCCUGCGCUUAGUUCCUUUGCAGUGAUACUGCCUCCCGCGAAGAUGAGCUCGGUGUGGGUCACCAAUUUCGAGAAGGAGCAUCUCUGGAUGUAUCUGCACGCGCUCGGUUUCGAGCCAGGCCCGGCCACCGUUGCCUCCGGAAAGAUCGUGUCUCACACGCACCUCGGAGUGAACAUGUUUGACAAGCUGAAUCGUGAUGCCUUUCAAAUUGUUUCUUAUUUUUUGUUCCAAACGUUGGACAAAUCUCUCACCAAAGAAGUUUUCAAGCUUUGUUGGCCUCCAUUUGACCAAAAAAGUGACACUGAGUUCCGGAAACAUUGUUGUGAAUGGUUAAAAAAGAUUUCUGCUGAAUGUGGAAGUAGCUUUCCUCAAGUUGUUGGUUCACUAUUUCUUUCUCCUGGUGGUCCUAAAUUUAUUCAUCUGAUGUAUCAUUUUGCAAGAUUUGUAGCAAUAAAAUAUAUAAAAGCCCAUUCUAGAAAAUCAUCUGUACAUUUUACGGAGACAUUUAAUGUAAAGCCACAAGAUAUGCACAAAUGCAUUGCCAGAUGCCAUAUAGCACGCAAUAGAUUUUUACAUAUUUUGCAAAGAGAAGAUUGUGUUAUCCGAGAGUAUCAGGAAAAUGCACAAUUGUUAGUUAAACAAGUACGGAAUUUGAGAUCAGAGUGUAUGGGACAGGAAAACCAAAUAAGAAAAAUGGAACCUUAUGAUGACCAAAGUAAUAUACAAGAGAAAAUCCAAAAGGUUCGGUCUUUGUGGGCUUCCGUAAAUGAAACACUCACAUUUUUGGAAAAAGAAAGAGAAGUUGUUGAUGUAGUCCUUAGUCUUGUUAACCAAUACACUUUAGAUGGAACUAAUGUUGCUAUCAAUAUUCCAAGGCUCUUACUUGACAAAAUUGAGAAACAGAUGGGUCAGUUGCACAUAGGAAAUGUUUACGAGGCUGGAAAAUUGAACCUGUUAACAGUUAUUCAGUUAUUAAAUGAAGUGUUGAAAGUAGUAAAACAUGAACGUUAUCAGGCUGACCCAGCAAGACUGACAGUAGACCUUCAGUUCCUUGAAAAAGAGACCAAACUUCAGAGAGAAAGAUUAUCAGACCUGAAGCGUAUGAGGUGUAAAAUAAAAGAAGAUCUCACAACUAUAAAACAUUUUGUUGCUGCAAAGCAAGGAGAAUGGCAUAAAAAGUGGAAAGAUUUUCUUGGUGUGUCUCCUUUCUCUCUAGUUAAAGGGUCAACUCCAGCUGUGGAUCUUUUACCACCAAUGUCUCCCCUUUCAUUUGAUCCUGCCUCAGAAGAAGUGUAUGCUAAGAGUAUUCUUUUGCAGUACCCUGCUUCACUUCCAGAUAUACCUAAGCAACAUAAUGAAGAAGAUGAUUGCAGGAAAGCCAGUGAUAUACCGGGAACUGUAUGUGGUCUAACCAACAGACCUGCUUCUUUCCUGUUGCAACCAGUUUCAUCAUCGGGUAUACACAGUGUUAGAUUGCUUGAAAAGGACAUGAAGAUAACUCCUAGAGAAGGAAAUGAAACACCUUCUAAGGAGUCACCAAAAUUUGAAAUGGAAGACUCUUCAUCAUCAAAUACUGCAAGAAAUACAGAGAAUACUGCAUUUGCAGGGUCUCUGCCAGCUAAAAAUAGUGAUCCAUUCCAAAAAGAGCAGGAUCAUUUGGUAGAAGAGGUUGCAAGGGCAGUUUUAUCUGAUUCACCAGAACCCUCUAAAGGAAAAGAACUAAAAUUAGAGGAACUAAUUGAUACUCUAGUUUCUAACCCAUUCUUAACAAGGAACCAAAUUCCCCGAACUCCAGAAAACUUGAUAAGUGAAAUUAGGAGCUCAUGGAGAAAAGCUGUUGAAAUAGAAGGUAACAGAAGUACAGAACUGAUUCAGAUGGAUACCGAAGAUAGAGAAAUAUCGCCAGAAUCCUCACCUGUGUUGCAUAACCAAAGAGAAGUGAGCAGGACCAGCUUUCUCUCAGCAACCACCGUAUCCGAUUCUAGCCAUUGGCAUUUGCCUGAAGAGAAAGUUCGUUCCGAUUGCCUCAAGUGUGUGCCUCAGAAACGUGCAGUGACCAGUCACAUCGAUGGACUGUCAGCACAUCAGUCAGGUUUGUUAAAUAAGAAAGUAAUAUACCAGCAAGGUUUGGAGUCCACAGCGUUACAGAACAGGCUUUUAGAAACUAGCCAAACAGAGACAUUGUCCCCUGCUGCAGGUAAUAGGAGAGUCGUGAUGGGUAGCAGUGAGGAGGAGUAUGUUAAAAUAGCAGACCACUCCAGAGCUUCUUACAAAGAACCUUCCAUGCAUAAAAGUAUGUUCUGGGACUCUUUUCAACUAUCAAGUGGAAUUAGUUCCAGGAGUUUAAAGGAUAUUGAUUUUGGCAUAUUACAUGAAACUCUUCCAGAAGAAGUUGGUCACUUAAGUCUUAAUAGCUCUAGUAGUACAGAGGCCAAUUUUAAACUGGAACCAGAUAGUCCUAUGCACGGCGGCAUUUUUCCUGAAGAUGUUGUGGGAGAAAGACCGACUACUCCAGAAUCAGACUUUAAUUUACAGGCUAUUUGCCGUCGGUACGAAGCUCUGAAAAAAUCUCUGCCCAAGAAAAGAGAAGAAACUGACUUUUUGAAUUCUGAAACACUUGAAAGACACAAACCAGAAUUGAGCCCUAUUCCCACAAACAUGCAAACAAAUGAUAUGCUUGACUUUUUGGACAGUUGGAAUUUGCACAGUGAUUAUACAAAACCAUCUUUACGCGUGUCCCUUGGUGAAAGAAAACGGUCUCUUUCACCACUAAUUAAGUUUUCUCCAGUGGAACAAAGAUUGAGAACCACAGUAACUUGUAGUUUUGGAGAACUUCUACCUAAUUUAAAAGAAGAAGAAGUCUUGAAUAAGAGCCUUGAUGCAAACAAAUCUCCAUCAGACUUGAAAAGAUGAAGCAGAGUUUCCAGUUAAUUUAACUAUGAUGUACUUAACAUUUCAAGCAGUCACAGGAUAAAAACUGAUUUAUAAUUUAAAUACACGUUGGAAGUGUAACUCUUUUUUCAAGGCCUAAAAAAAUCCUAAAUGAUGCCUUUUAGCAAACAGUUUUUAGGUAAAGAGAGUAUGUUUGGAUUCUCUUUGUAUGGCUAUGAGGUUUAAAUGUGAAGUAUUUGGGAGGUAGACCUCAUGUUAUGUGAAGGCAUUUUGAUUCUUUGAAUAACUUGUAAGCGUUAAGUAAAUAGCAAAGUAGUUUAAUUUAUUAUGUUAUAAUUUCAGUUGAUUAAUGUAAACAUGAGUGGUUUUUGAUAUACUUUUAUUAAGUGGUUAACAUAAUAGCCAUUGAAUAUACUGACCUUUCAUUUUAGGGAAAUAUAGAACUUCUACUGUUUCUUUAUGGAACAUUAUAGUACUAACCAAAAAAACUGAUUAAAGUAGUGCCUUGGGAUGUGUAGUCAAGGUGAGGAAAAUUUAAGUUUGGGAAAGCUCUAAGCAGGCUUAAUGAUUAUUUAAGUAGGUUGGUCCUGGAAAAUGUUUGAUGGAAUAAAAUGUAUGUGAUGAAAAGUGAAGACUGGGGCGGGAUGAAUUUAGAUAAAAGGAAAAAGAUGGAAGAUGACUAGACAUUUUUAAGGAACACUGUCAAAAACUAUAAAUCCAUUCAAUGGGUUGUGCAGCAGAUUUACAUUUAGUCUAAUUUAGACUUUGAGAAUUUAGCCCUAGUUUUAUAUUUUAACAAAAGAUGUAAAUUAAAAAAACUUUAUUAGUCUCUGUUUAUUGUUGGUUUAUUUGUGGGGGGGGUUGGUUUUUAGGGAAAGGAGCUAGUUUUGAUUGUGUUACUUUUCUUCUCAAAAACCAUCAGUUCCCCACUGCCUAUGAAUAGCCUCAGAAUAACUUGAGAAAACUGAAUUUGGGGUGCUUGCUUAGUCACAUAGUGAUGUCUUUGGUGAAGCCAAGGUUUGACCCUAUUUUCUUCCGUAAUAUUCUACAAGACCUUCAAGAAGUAACUAAAAGGCCAGGAUAAACAAUAUGGCCAAGGGAGUUGGCCUGUUGAUCUUCUGAACUGAGUGGGGAAUCACAUGUGAGGCCUCCGGUUCAGUAACCUGCCUCACUCUGUCAUGCUCCCCAGCUGGGAAAGUGACUUGUCUCUGCCAUCCAGGUGUAUGCAUGCCAUCGCCCUCUGUGGACCAGGAGGAAUGAGCAGGCACUGGAAAGGUGAUAGCACUUACCCUGUCUAGCCCCAACUCUUAAGCAUUAAAACCUUGUUCAUUUCUCAAGAAACUGUAAAGGAGAGGAGAUUAAGUUGAAGGGGGGAGUUCUGGAAGUGCAUGGGCUUAAUUGUUCAUCUUUCACUGUGGGCUUUCUCUGAGUUUGAUCUCAAUUUGAAGGCCAGUCUUUUUGUGAGAAAAGAGACGAAAAGUGUAUAUAACUGCUUUAUUUGCUGUGGAAAAGAAAGAGGAAGAACAGCUUCAAAGGUGUUAUAUUCUCUUAUUUGUUAACACAACCAUUGGUGACUGUAGGUCUACUGGGAAACUAUUCUCUAUAGGGUGCCCUAAGAAAAUGCACUAACCUGUAAAUCCAAAAUUAACAUGGUAGGGAGGAGGUAGGGCUAUCAUAUUAGCAUUUACAAGGUGCUGGGGCCAUUCCUAGACAUUAAUACAUAUUGUUUAACUGUCACAACCCUUAACUGUAAGAUAGAGAUUAUUAUACCUGUUUUAUGGACAAAGAUACUGAAGGUAGGGAGCUUAAAUGAUUUGUCUAAGAUGGACUCAA